CGCCCGGGCGACCCUGGGACUUUGCUUUGCCCCCCGCAGGCGCGCGCCCAGUGCUGGUGCCUCUGGAGCAGCCGUCAUGAGACCCUCGGCCGUCCUCCUGGCUGUGGCUCUGGCCGCCGUCCUGGCUCCCGGGGCCGGGCUGCCCGUCGGCCGGCAGGGCCCCCGGAACAAGCUGCUCCUGGUGUCCUUCGACGGCUUCCGCUGGGACUACGACCAGGACGUGGAGACCCCCAACCUGGACGCCAUGGCGCUCGACGGCGUGAAAGCCCGCUACAUGACCCCUGCCUUCGUCACCAUGACCAGCCCCUGCCACUUCACCCUGGUCACCGGCAAGUACAUCGAGAACCACGGCGUGGUCCACAACAUGUUCUACAACACCACCAGCAAGGUCAAGCUGCCCUACCACGCCACGCUGGGCAUCCAGAGGUGGUGGGACAACGGCAGCGUGCCCAUCUGGAUCACGGCCCAGAGGCAGGGCCUGCGGACCGGCUCCUUCUUCUACCCUGGCGGGAACGUCACCUACCAAGGCACGGCCGUGACGCUGAGCCGGAAGGAGGGCGUCCUGCACAACUACAAGAACGAGACGGAGUGGAGGGCCAACAUCGACACGGUGAUGCGGUGGUUCACGGAGGAGGGCCUGGACCUGGUCACGCUCUACUUUGGGGAGCCGGACUCCACGGGCCACAGGUACGGCCCCGACUCCCAGCAGAGGAGGGACAUGGUGAAGCAGGUGGACAGGACGGUGGGUUACCUCCGCGACGGCAUCCGGCGCAGCGGCCUGGAGGGCGGCCUCAACCUCAUCGUCACGUCCGACCACGGCAUGACCACCGUCAACAAGAAGGCCGGCGACCUGGUGGAGUUCCACAAGUUCCCCAACUUCACCUUCAAGGACAUCGAGUUCGAGCUGCUGGACUACGGCCCCAACGGGAUGCUGCUCCCCAAGGAGGGGCGGCUGGAGGCCGUCUACCAGGCCCUCAAGGACGCGCACCCCAGACUCCACGUCUACAAGAAGGAGUCCUUCCCCGAGUCCUUCCACUACGCCAACAACCCCAGGGUCACGCCUCUGGUCAUGUACAGCGACCCCGGCUACGUCAUCCACGGGAGACUGAACGUGCAGUUCAACAACGGGGAGCACGGCUUCGACAACCAGCACAUGGACAUGAAGACCAUCUUCCGGGCCAUGGGCCCCAGCUUCCGCAAGGGCCUGGAGGUGGAGCCCUUCGAGAGCGUGCACGUGUACGAGCUGCUGUGCCGGCUGCUGGGCAUCGUGCCCGAGGCCAACGACGGGGCCCUCAGCACCCUGCUGCCCAUGCUCAUGCCCGAGGCCGGCAGCACCCCGUCACCCACACCCCACGCAGGAACUUCGGGAGUCCCCGGCACGCUCUCGACGCGUGUCACCAGCUCAGGAGAGAGACCAGGGCCCGCCCUCCCGCCCCUGACCGCAGGGGUGCUGCUGGCUGCACUGCUCCUGGCCAAAGCCGCGUAG